UGUGAGCAGAUAAAAAGUACAUAUACAGUUCAUACAAUAAUCUUAUGUAUGUAAAACCCCGUUACGAUGUCGGCGACGGGGCCCAUCAGUAACUAUUACGUGGACUCGCUCAUCUCUCACGACAAUGAAGACCUCCUAGCGUCCAGGUUUCCGGCCACGGGGGCUCACCCCGCCGCCGCCAGACCCAGCGGUUUGGUGCCGGACUGUAGCGAUUUUCCGUCCUGUAGCUUCGCGCCCAAGCCGGCAGUGUUCAGCACGUCGUGGGCGCCCGUGCCCUCGCAGUCGUCCGUGGUAUAUCACCCGUACGGCCCCCAGCCCCACCUCGGCGCCGACACGCGCUACAUGCGGACUUGGCUCGAGCCGCUGUCCGGCGCCGUCUCCUUCCCCAGCUUCCCGGCCGGGGGCCGUCACUACGCCCUGAAGCCGGACGCCUACCCCGGGCGCCGCGCGGACUGCGGCCCGGGCGACGGCCGCAGCUACCCGGACUACAUGUACGGCUCGCCCGGGGAGCUGCGCGACCGCGCCCCGCAGACACUGCCCUCGCCCGAGGCGGACGCGCUCGCCGGCAGCAAGCACAAAGAGGAGAAGGCCGACCUGGACCCCAGCAACCCCGUGGCCAACUGGAUUCACGCCCGUUCCACGAGGAAGAAGCGCUGCCCCUAUACCAAGUACCAGACGCUGGAACUGGAGAAGGAGUUUCUCUUCAAUAUGUAUUUAACCAGGGACCGUCGGUAUGAGGUGGCCCGGGUUCUCAAUCUCACUGAGCGGCAGGUCAAAAUCUGGUUUCAGAACCGAAGGAUGAAGAUGAAAAAGAUGAAUAAAGAGAAAACCGACAAGGAGCAGUCCUAAACCCUGCCCAGCCUGCUGCCUCAGCACAGCCAAGGGAAAAACAAAAACCCCACAAAAUACCCCAACCCAGGCGGGAGAGAGACGAAAAAGACAAGGAAAGAGCAAGAUAGAGAAAAGCCAAUCAGCUUAAAAAGGAAAAAAAAAAAAAAAAAAAAAGGAAGGGGAAAAGAAAACUCUUGCGAUUUGGGAGGGUUCAGUGUUGAGAUAUUGGUGUUUUAGAGUUAGUUCUACCCAGCAAGGAGGAGGCAGGGAGAGAAACUGCGUUCUCUUUCCCCAGCGCAACCGAAAUAAAUGACACACACAAAUGUGAUUUUUUUUCUCCUUUCUUCAGAGAAGCCAGUACUUGAAUCGCUAUAUUUCUAUUUUUCCCCCUGUAUCGUGUUUGGUCCAGGCCAUCCCUCCACGGGCCUGGGGCGCUCUGCGUGCAGAUUUUGUACAAAAAAAAAAAAAAAAAAAAAAGACACACACACA